GGCCCGACGGGCCCCAAAACCUGAUUCAUCCCUGUCCGUUCCGCGUCGACCGAAAGUUACUGCGCUCGCAAUCAGUUGAGCCGCGACAGGCUGCAGAGUUGGUGGGUCUGUGAGCGACGGUCCCCCCGUACAAAACACGCACACGUUUUUCCCGAUCGUCCCUUCCACAACACGUUCCCAGUUCCGUUUGGCGACAAUCAUAGAGACGGUCAUUGUGAUGUGUUUUUGACAGGGACGGUUUAAUAAAUAAUCACCCACCGUGAUGUACUAAUUGACGCAUCUCCAUCACAAUUUAGAGGGUUGUAAUCAUGGAGCCCGACCCCCUGAACUCACCCCCGGGUGCCAAAAAGACCAACAGCAAACCGAAGCCCGACGAGGACAUGGACAGUAAUCGCAAAUCGAAAACGUCGAGCAAUGGACUCAACUUGGUGGUGUGUGUUUUGUGUUUAGUGUGUGCGUCUUCGAGUGUUUACAAUGGGUGGCGGGAAAGCGGCCUCGAGGGCCGGCUCCACUUCCUGGAGGACAGGGUGGCGGAGCUGGAGCGGAAGUCCGUCGAGGAGGCGGACGUGCUGGUGGAGAGGUUUCGACGCGAGGCGGUCGAGCACAUGCGGCGGCGGUCGGUCAGGGAUUUGGCGGCCGAGAAGCAGAUCGAGGACGUCGUGAGGACCACGAGGGAGGCACCUGAAUGCAUUUGUCCCGCAGGUCCUCCAGGCCCGCCGGGCCCUCCUGGUCCGCCCGGAAAACGCGGAAGGAAGGGAAAGAAAGGCGAAGCAGGUGAAGCAGGUCCUCAGGGGUCUCCUGGUACGCCGGGCAAGAACGGCUUUCCGGGUCCGAUCGGGUUGGACGGUCCGAAGGGCGAGCCGGGUCGGCCCGGCGAGAAGGGCCAGAAAGGGCAAGUGGGCAGUGCAGGAAUUGACGUGUUGCAAGCUGUUAAACUGCCAGGGAGGGGUUUAAAGCGAUCAGUUACAACACUCAGGGGAGGAACAUUGGGGUACGCCGAGAUCGUAGCCGUAAAGGGUGAACCUGGAGAGCCGGGACCGCCAGGACCUCCAGGACCUCCCGGCCCCGAGGGAAUGCCCGGACACGACGGCAGACAAGGUAUGCCAGGAGAACCAGGACCGGCCGGCGAGCGAGGCGAACCAGGUCCCAUGGGCCCUAUUGGGCCGCCCGGAAUGGACGGACUCAUCGGUGCGAAGGGCGACAAGGGAGCAAGAGGAUUAUUGGGUGUACCAGGGAUGCCAGGACGCUUGGGAUUACCUGGUUCACCAGGUAGAAAUGGUUCGAAAGGAGAUCCAGGCAUUCCAGGACCAAAGGGCGACAAAGGCGAACGAGGCUUAACGACAACGUUAACAGGAGACCAGUUCCCGACAGGAAUAAUCGAAGGACCACCUGGACCUCCAGGACCGCCAGGUGAGAAGGGUGAAUCUGGACCUUUGGGACCGCAGGGUGCGCCUGGAGAAAAGGGUGCCCGAGGGCGACGCGGCAAACGGGGUCGAGAUGGAGACGUGUUGUCCCGAGGUCCUCCCGGUCUCCCGGGCCAGAAGGGGGACAGAGGCCACCCGGGUCCCAAGGGGGACACGGGCGAUAGAGGUUUUACGGGUUUUUCAGGGCCUAAAGGUGACAUGGGUCUAACCGGUCCUUCAGGAGAGCCCGGAAUAAAUGGCGAACCAGGACCACAAGGUCCUCCAGGACUCCCAGGUCAACUUGGACCCAAAGGAGAGAAGGGCGACUACGGAGACAUCGGACCGCCGGGUCUGAUGGGACCACCUGGAUUACCAGGACCUCCAGGAUACCCUGGACAAAAGGGCGAGAAAGGCGACAAAGGCGAAUCGAAAUACAAGAAGCUCAGAAGACGACAGUUCCAGGGAGACGGAACCGGAGAAAUCACUGUGGGUGAAGUAAUCUCAGGUCCUCCUGGACCACCAGGACCUGCAGGAACACCUGGACUUCAAGGACCUCCUGGCAUUAAAGGUGAUAGGGGAAUGGACGGAAUCAAAGGAGAACCAGGUGAAAAAGGAGUGAAAGGCGAGCGAGGUCCUAUGGGAUUACCGGGUCCCAUGGGUUUGCGGGGAGAAAGCGGAAGGCCAGGCGAUUAUGGGAAGCCAGGGCUGAUGUACCCCAGAAUGUAAUAUCAAAUGGUUUAGGAGGACAAUAACUGGUAAACAAGCUAGAAGAUAUUGAAAACAACUGCCAAGAAACAUCAUCGCGAAGAUGUUAAGUGUAAAAUUAUUCAUGUUAUAUAAAAAAAAGGAUUCAUUGUCGCAACAGUAGACAUCUCAAAAAUGCUUUUGGCCACGAAUACGUCUGCUAGCAAUAGACUAGUCAGUUUUUUCUUGGUACUUCUAGACAACUUAAUAGAAUGUAUAUAAGGAUACAAUUUACAGAAAUGAAGAUUUUAAAACUUGGCUAUGUUUUUUAAAACUGUCCUAAUAUAAAAUGUUUUAUAGUAAAUGUACAGUGAAAUAUAAACUAACAUUACUCAUAGGUGGCUAAAUUCUUUUUGAAAUGUAUAUAAAUGCAAAAAUAAAGAUAUAUUCUAAAACAACUAGGAUUAACUAUAGAAAUGUUUUUAUAUUAUCUUUGUAUUUAAAAACCAUAUGCUGUAUUUAUUGCUAUUUUAAUAUUUAUUAUUAUACAUAGAUAAUGUUGAUACUGUUGUUAUGGAUAGGUACAACAAAGCAGAAAACAAAACGUUGAUUUUUCUGAUUACUCUACGCACAUCUACGCAUUUUGGAGAUUUCAUCAGUGUUCGACAAUAAAAUUAAUUUGAACAGUAUUGUUUGAGGAUACGAAUUUUGUUGUAUCUAACUAAAACGAUCCACUGCCUGUAAAGGCAAACAAACCAUUUUACGUCCAUUUAGUACUUAACACUCUCUUGAAUGUAAUGAAGAGUCAAUUUGAAUAGGAAAAAGAGUGUAAGUAGAUAUGCAGUGAAGAUCAAUUUUUAUAUAAAUAUAUCGCUAUUACUAUUUAUUAUAUUUGUAAAAAGGAAGUUUUGCAAAAUCAUUAAUUUAUAAGUUAUAACAGUGUUGUAAUAUAAAUGUUACAUUUUUAUAGGUGUCUUAUAGUAGAUUAUAGAUUGUAAUAAAUAUACAGGUUAUAUUACGUGACUGAUUUUAGAAUUAGGGUUUGUGAAACCUAAAAAUUGUACAAUAUUUUAAUUUUAAUAAUUAGACAUAACGAGCUUGGUGUAUUAUUAACAUGUACUAAAUAAAUGUAUGUGCAUGUGCUGUAACUAUUAAAUUUUU